AUUAGCUAACCGGUCAAUGAACAACCCGGUGUGGGGGGUCCGACGAAGGGUUUUUCGUUCGCGCAUUGUUCCCGAGAUCUGACAGCCUGACAGACCAUGACGACCGGGCGGCAUGAUGGCGUCUGGCGAUUUGUAUACUCCUGACAGCUAAACUAGAACAACCAACAGCCAGGUACGCAAGGUACAUAGCGACGGCCUACAAUACCAAGCAUUUCGUACUUGGCGCUGUGUAUGCUCAGUCAGAGCUGAGGAAGGGGGCACCGAAGAGGUAGGUUGUUAACAAGCGGUGAACAAGCCCGUGUUCCAGCGGUGCCAUGGCGGACUCGCUGUUCUGUGGCCCGGCCUACCCUUCUGUCAAUGGCAACACUACAGCAGUGGACGUCAGGACCGAGGAGUGCCUCGUGGAUGGACUCAACUUAAUACCACAUGCGGGGUACCUGCCAUUGGCUCUUUUAGCUCUAGUACUGUGGAGAUGGAAAAAGAGUAAAGCUACCGAGCGUCAGAAGGGAUGGGUCUUGUUCCCAGGACACUACGCUCGAUGGACCGUCACUCUCGUUCUUCUAUUUAUUACCCUUUGCGAGGUAGGGGAGGGUGUUGUAUCGGACGGUUACACCCCAGGACAUCACAUCCACCUGUACCUGCCGUGGAUAGUCGCACUACUGGCCACCCUGCUGGCAUGUGUAUACUACUACCAGGUGGAAACGUCCAACAAACCCCGUCUGUUGUUACCGCUGUGCGUGUACUACGUCAUGUCUGCCGGCUUCAAAGCUGCCCGGCUGGCUCAUCUGUACAACCGUGACGUCAGCUCUACCCGACUCCGGCUCAGUCUGACAUGGACGUCUGUCGUCCUAUACGCAAUGCAUAUCGUCAUUGAAGGAUAUGCCAUGUUCAAACUGAAGUACCUGUCGGCCAGCCCAGUCCAGCUGAAGCCGCACAGCGACCUGAAGGAUGACAACAUGUACUACGUGUUUCCUUACGUCACGCUGCCGUCACGUCUCACGUUCUGGUGGGCCAGCUUCAUCCUCCGGGUGGGCUACAAGGAACCUCUGGAGAUGUCCCACCUGGGCAAGAUCCCCAAGCUAAUGCGUGCCAAGCCAUCGUAUGGUGUAUUCAAAGCCACUUAUGACCAUGACAAGGAAAAGGCUGAAGCGAAGAACAAGAAGCUGUCGCUGUGGGGUGUCUACAUCAAGUCCUUCAGCGGUGCCUUCCUCAUCUCUGGUAUCCUCAAACUCAUGGUGGAUGUCCUGACGUUUGCCAGUCCUCUGAUCCUGAACGGUGUUGUCACCUGGGCCACUCUUAAUCUCCAAGGGGGAGAAACGGAACAACCUGCAGCUGUUUACAGGGGCCCGUACCUUGUGACAGCGGGAGAGUUCUUUGGGAACGGGUUCAUCCUGAUCAUCGUGCUGCUAAUCACCAAUGUGCUGAGGUUCCAGUUUGAGUACUUCAGCGUCUACAUGACCUUCCAGCAGGGGAUACAGCUCAAAACUGCCCUACAGACAAUGAUCUACAACAAAGUGCUGAAGCUUUCUUCCUGGGUGCUGAGCAGCGACAAGGUCACGGCAGGUCAAGUCAUGAACCACGCCGGUAUGGACGCCACGAUGCUGAUGUUCAUGAUGACAAUGAUCCACAACCUGUGGUCCAUGCCGAUUCAGCUUGUUGCUGGCUGUAUCCUGCUGUACUUCCAACUGGGCUGGAGCGCCGUGGUGGGGGCUCUACUCAUCAUCAUCAUGUCUCCUGUCAACUACAAAAUAGCAAGGAAAUCAGAGGAACUCACAAAGACGAAAAUGGCCGCAUCAGAUACUCGCAUGAAGCACAUCAACGAAACUAUUCAGGCUAUUAAACUUCUGAAGCUCUACGCCUGGGAACAGAUGUUUAGUGACAAAGUGCUCGACGCCCGUAACAAGGAAGUCAAGGAAAUGUACAAACGAGCUGGCUGGGAAAUCCUCACUUCGUUCAUCACACAAGCAACUCCUGUGGCUGCGACGCUCAUCUCAUUUGGUACAUACGAGUUCUUCAAUAAUCAGCCGCUAACAGCGGCCAGUGCCUUCACAUCGCUUUCCCUCUUCAACAUCAUGGGGUUCCCGCUUACCGUCUUCCCCAUCCUGCUCCGUACGGCCAUCAACGCCGCCGUGGCGACCAAACGGCUGAAACCGUUCUUUGAGUCUUCAGAGGUCGAGGAACUGGGGAACCUGUCUCGUCCUGACAUCCAUGAUGAUGACGACGACGAUGAGGAAAGCCCGAACGGAACUGCAGAUGGAACCAUCGUCUCGGUACCAGACGUGAAGGUUUUGACUUUUAAAGAUCACAAGAAAAACCUCCACGAAACUGAGAAUAGUGUCGAGCUGAAGCAGCUUGUCGAAGGGCUGUCACAGUCGGACAUAGCAGAGGAUGUAGCUGUUGAGAUCCGUGAUGGCAACUUUUCCUGGGAGUUGGAGUCUGACAGUGCAGCACUCAAUGAUAUCAACCUGGCAGUACAGAAAGGAAAGCUGACCGUCGUUGUUGGGCAGGUGGGAAGUGGAAAGUCUUCCUUGUGUUCCGCUAUUCUCGGGGAGAUGAGAACCCUUUCUGGACAAGUCCUAUGGGGGAAGGAGCACAACAGUGUUGCCUACGGGGCGCAGAAACCAUGGCUUCUCAAUGCUACCUUGAGGGACAACAUCACCUUUGGACGACCCUUUGAUAACACCAGGUACCAGAAGGUGAUAUCAGCCUGCUGCCUGCAGCCUGACAUCGACAUUCUCCCUGGCGGUGACAUGACAGAGAUUGGAGAAAAGGGAAUCAACUUGAGUGGCGGCCAGAAACAGAGAGUCAGUCUGGCAAGAGCGCUGUACUCAAACAGUGAUAUCGUCAUACUGGAUGACCCUUUGUCCGCUCUGGACGCUCACGUCGGAGGUGAUGUGUUUGAGCACGGCAUCAUGGCACACUUGAUAAACGACGAGAAGCGGACAGUGGUCCUGGUCACCCACAAACUGCAGUACCUGGAGGAGAGUCAGUAUAUUGUUGCCGUGGAGAAUGGACGGAUCCUGGCCCAGGGAACCAUGGAUGACAUACGUCAGUCCAACCCUGAUCUGUGUGACAGCUGGAGGGAGAUCAUUGCAAAGGGCAUCCGUGAGACACAGGAAAGGGCAAGAACUCGCACCAUCUCAGCGAGUAGCACCGCUAGUGGGGAAGAGGGAGAGGCGGACAUGUCAGCCGAGGCCGAGCGAGCUGCGCUGGUGAGGCAGAUCUCCCGCCAAAACUCACACAUGUCAUCCAUCAGGUCACGGUCCACCUCCUUCGGGAAGAAGGACGGUAAGGAAGAUGAGGAAGACGACGAGGAUGAGUUGGAUGAACAAAAAGCCUCAAAAGAUGAGGAAGAAAAGAAGGCGGCUGCGGAGGGGAAACUAGUUGCAGAUGAGGAGCGAUCGGUAGGAUCAGUCAAAGUGCAGCACUACCUCACCUACGCCGCAGCCUGUGGGUCCAUCAUUGUAAUCUUUGUCCUGCUGUCUCAGCUGGCUAAACAAGGGUUACAGGUUGGCAUUGACUUCUGGCUCUCAGCUUGGGCUACAGCAGGCUCUGCUGCUCUGGCUAUGAACAACACGGCCGUCAAUCAAACCUUUGGAAAUGCCACUCAGGCACCUCCAGCUGUAGAUGUUAAUUAUUACAUCAUAGGCUACACAGGACUGGCGCUGGCAGCCAUCACCGUAACAGCCUUCGCAUCCGUCGUUACGAUUCUGUCCAUGAUCAAAGGGGCCAAGAAUCUACACGAGGCAAUGGUCCGGAACAUCGUUCUUGCUCCAAUGCGAUUCUUUGACACAACUCCUACCGGAAGGGUGCUGAAUCGCAUGGCAGAGGACACCGCAACCAUAGACUUGCGUCUACCGUUCAUGAUGGAGCAUCUGAUCCGCGUGAUUCUGCUUGUGUGCUCGGCUCUUCUCGUCAACGCCGUGGUGACGCCAUUUUUCCUCAUCGGUGCGAUUCCGAUCAUCAUCCUUUACUUCAUUGUGCAGAAGUAUUACCGUGCAACGGCCAGGGAAAUCCAGCGUCUGGACAACAUCAACAAGUCCCCUGUGUUUGCCCACUUCUCAGAGACACUUGGAGGACUGACUACCGUUCGUGCCUACAGGAUGGAGAAGAGGUUCAGUUCGUCCAUCAUGGACAAACUUGACCGGAGCAACACCCCGUUUUACUACACUGCCGCCACCGCCUGUUGGAUAGGAUCCAGGCUUGGGUACAUGGGAGGCACCAUUGUUUUCCUGGCCGGUCUAUCUGCCAUGUUGGCCGCCAUGUUUGGAACAGUCUCCCCAGCUAUGGUUGGCCUGUCCAUCACCUACGCACUCAAUAUCCAGAUGUACCUCCUGUGGGUUGUGCGUGGCUACGCAGAGGUGGAGAUGAUGAUGAAUUCUGUGGAGAGGGUGGACCAAUACUCAUCCACACCAACAGAACCAUACCACAAAGAUGGUAACGUCAUCCCCGAUGACAACUGGCCAUCUAAAGGAGAAGUGUCCUUUGAAAACGUCUCCGUCAGGUAUGACAAAACUCUGGACCCGGUUCUGACUGACGUGUCGGCAACAAUUGAAGCAGGCGAAAAGGUCGGCAUUUGUGGACGCACGGGAAGUGGGAAGUCAUCAUUGACUCUUGCUUUAUUCAGGAUGAUCGACAACUUCAAAGGAAAGAUCACCAUAGAUGGGAUUGACAUCAGUCGAGUCCCGCUGACCACCCUGCGGUCACGUCUGUCCAUCAUCCCGCAGGACCCCGUGCUGUUCAGCGGCUCUGUCAGGUACAAUCUGGAUCCGUUCGACAAAUGCAGCGAUGAAGAGCUGUGGGAGGCUUUGGAGAUCGCCCAACUAAAGACCGUGGUAUCAGAACUACCCAACAAGCUAGAUGAGGCUGUUUCUGACGGCGGAGAGAACUUCAGUGUUGGCCAAAGACAGCUGUUCUGUCUGGCCAGGGCUUUCGUGAGGAAAUGCCGGAUACUCAUCAUGGAUGAGGCAACUGCUUCCAUAGACAUGGAGACGGAUUCCACUCUACAGAAUGUAAUCAAGACGGCCUUCCAGGAUCGAACUGUCCUCACCAUUGCACAUCGUAUCGCUACUAUCCUGAACUCUGACCGGAUUCUUGUGCUGGACCAAGGCAAAGUGGUCGAGAACGACACUCCAAAGAAGCUUCUGAAGCAGCCAGAUGGCCUCUUUGCAUCACUAGUUAAAGCCAACAAAUAGUUAUUCUGCUGGGAUAUGAUAUGCAAUGUCUAUUCCAAUGAUGUAUUCAAGUGUUGCAUUGAGUGUCUCUUCACCAUGCUGUGUUUUGUGGUAUUAUGCUGUAGCGCACAAAACAUCUGGAAACAAUGCUUUUUAAAAAGCAUCAAGUUUAGAUAGUUUUCAAUAAUUCAUGAUCUCUCUGAUGCAAUGGAUUGAAAACAAUUGUGUCUAAGAUUGCUGUCACACUACAUUUAUGAUUGUGUGCAUUAAAUGUAACAGAUUACUUGGGACCAGAAAAUAGUUAAGAAUAUAGAUAUGGUGUUUGCGAUAUGUUUUGCUUAAGUUGAUAUGCACAUUAAGCAAUUCAAAAGAUAUCAUUAAGUAACAUCUCAAUGUAUCCAAAUAUUUCUUCUCAUCAUAUUAUUCAGGAAAAUUUAAUACUUUUAGUUAGUGUUUUACUAACACGCAUUGUUAUAUGAUGCUACAACU